AUGGGUGUCGCCAGCUUGUCGGCCGUGGAGCAAGAGGUCCUGCUCGCGAUCCUUCAGGACCUUCGAGUCUUGCGCCCCAUGCAUCUCUGCAGGCAAGUUAGCAAGGCAUGGAUGGCAUCGAUCGAUGUUCGUCGCACGAGUCUGCAUAUAGCUUCAUUGCCGGCAUGGAGCGAAGGAGUCGGGUCAGGUUUCGUGAGAUUCCUACAGCGACUUCGCAAGCUGGAGGCCCUCCAAUUCAGUCCUUCCUUUUCGUUACGAGACGUGACAUUCCAGCCAUGUCAUGGAUGUGAAGUAACGCGAAACUUGCAGCACACAGAGACAGAUGCUUGCUACUCCAAGGAGAGCGUGCGAAGCUACAGCAAGUCGCGUGAGAUUGUCACUCGGGACUUGCAACUUUGCUGCUCCCGUUGCCUCGGUGACAUGGCGCGUGCUACGCUUGCCGUCUCAUGCCGGGCCAGCGUGUCAUCGUCGAACCUCCGGCGAGUCCUGGAAGCGAUCGCAACAUGCAGCUCCUUUAGAGUACCUGCGCUGACGAGUUUGGACUUCACCGGCUGCACGUUCGAUCCCGACGGAAUCGCGAUGCUGACGUCUGCGAUGCGGGAAGGGGGAAUGCCGUUGCUGCGUUCCCUGUGCCUGGAGAGGAGGGUGCCGUCUGAAUCUAGAGGGCAGGGUGCAUAUUGGGAUGGACCACUUGAAGAGCUCCACCUCUCACUAGCUGCUGACGACUUCGCGUCUGACCCCCUGAGAUGGAACGAGGUUCUGGCACGAGUGAUCGGGUCGUGCCCUUCCCUAACGAGCCUGCACUUCUCAGAAGAGUCCCUGGAGCAGCCGGCAGCGUAUGAGCUCCCACGUGCCAUCUCCUCCCUCCAUCGCCUUCAGACCCUGAGGGUUCAUAACUGCAAGCGGCUCGAGGAGCUCUCCCACCAGCUCCUGGAGGACCUGAAUGGCUGCCCCUCCCUCACGAGCCUCGAGCUCAGACAGAACAACCUUGCCUCCCUCUUCUGCUUCUCCCUCAAGGACCAGCUGCAGUCGGGCUCGGCGUUGAACCUCACCCGCCUCGAUCUCAAAAGCAACAAACUGUCCCAGGAGGGCACGCAGGUCCUCAUGUCGGCCCUCCAGACCCACUGCCCUGGGCAACGAGGAGCAAAAUCGCUGGCUGAGGCCCUGGUGGGCAACAGCUCGGCGGGGUCCCUUGCCGUCCUCAACGUCUCCAACAACGCGCUCGAUCCUCCUGGUCUGUCUUCUCCUCCCCUUCCUGACGCGUAUGACCUGCCGGACGCGCAGGCGUGGCUAGCAUUGGCAGAGCGUUUGGCUCCUGCCACAGAAUUCGAGGUGUACGCGUUUGGCGAGGGCCUCGGCCGUGGAGAGAAGGAGGAGGAGGCCGCACUCAGCCUGCGCGUGCUAAACGUGUCGCACAAUAACAUCGGGCGGGGAGAGGAGGAGGAGGUCGCGGACUUCAGCUGGCUCCGGAUGCUCCUGAGGGCGUGCAGGUGA